ACAAAAGACAGGCUCUUUAGCUAGUUCCAACUCGGCGUGCAACAUGGAUAAGCAGAAGCUUUAAAAAAAAAAAAAAAAAAGGAAAAAAAAGACGCAUUUCCAAUUUAUUCUACCAUCAGCUUUUCGGUUCAUGCAAUGGAGACGUUCAAUGACCUUCUGCGACUCUAUCCUCAGUUGUUGUACAGCACUACAGCGUUUGUGGCAGGCGGUGCGCUCAUCUACAAGCUUGCUAACAGGAAAAAGCCCCUGAAUGCGACUGUAAACUGCUGGUUCUGCAACCAGGACACAGUCGUUCCGUAUGGCAACAGGAACUGUUGGGACUGUCCCAGCUGUGACCAGUACAAUGGUUUUCAGGAUAAUGGGGACUACAACAAGCCAAUUCCGGCCCAGUACACAGAAGACCUGAACCAUGGCGUGUUUGGCAGCAUUCCCACUCAAGUCACUCUUGGUACCAUGCAGUGGGUGAACUCGAAGAUGCUGCUUUGCAGGAAGUGCAAUCACAACCAGUCAACUAAGAUCAAGCUGCUGGCCUCUUUCAUACCAAAGGAUGAUGGGAACUACGAUGACGAGAUUGACGCUUACAAGUGUCACUUGGAGGAGCACUACAAGCUGUGCAGGCCGUGUCAGGCAGCUGUCGACUAUUACAUCAAGUAUCAGAACCGCCAGCUUAGGACUGUGCUGCUGAGCAAUAACCUCAGACGCACAAAAGAGUCGCUGAGGGGCUUCAUAAAGGGCUCCCUCUCUGCAUCGCUUCCUAUGGCGGUCGUACUGCUCAGAUGCCUCUCCUUCGUCAUUUGCGCCGUCCUGCUCGCCAUGUCUUUCUCAGUCGAUCUGCAGGCGUCAAACGAAGAGCAGAAUCGUCUCCAAUCUGACGCCCGCAAUGUGUCGACCACCAACAAUGGCACCAGCGAUGGCGGCGCACAGUCAUGGCGGAGCCUGCUGGAGCUCCUUCCAGUUAUACUUGUAGACUAUGCCAAGUUCUUGUGGCUCUUUGGACAAGCUAAUCAAAUAACGGUCGUUUGUGUCGGCCUGUCAUCGUGUCUCGUUGGUCUCUUAUUAGCAGGAGCCGCCAGGUUGAGGAGAAUCGACGUAGUGUCUUCAGUGCUGUGGUUCGUGGUUUUGUGUUGGCACCUGCUGGCAGUGUAUGUUGAGGAUGACGCGUCCAGCUGGACCCCCGCACACGUCACCACGGUGCUCUGUUGCAUCGUCAGCUUUGCCGCCGCCAUAGCGACGCACAACCCUCUGAGUCAACGAAGAGGCAGAUAUAGAAGAAACCUCACGGAUUCCUCCAUGCGCCCCCUAAGCAACCAGCCCGCUUUGCUUACUCCCGAAAUGAUCCGCUCCUUCAUCCCCACACCUCCUCCCAACAUCUUCAAGCUUAUAAACCACCAUAAGACUGCCCCAAAACCCAAGGGCUCGCUCUCUUCUCUGCCGUGCCGACUCAAGAACGUCCUCUGCCUUGGCACCAUCUCCACCUUCACAACGACAGAUUCAGGCUACUUGUUCAGUGGAAGCAGACCGGCCUCGGUCUACAAAGAUUCCCCUUCUUCAGACUACUUCUCAAUGAAGUCAUGGAGUCGCCCAUCAUCGCCCGGGCUCUCGCCGACUCCCUCGGUGGACGGCUCCGCGACGUCCAGCUCUGGUUCGGACAGACAGAGUCGUCCUCUGAUCAGCCCGGCGCGUCUCAACCUGGGCAGCCCCAAACUCAAGAUGUACUCCAAUAAGACGCAGUCCACUUGCAGGUCUCCGCCAGUGUCCUCGACAAAUAUGCUCCACUCCGACCAGGCCUCCUUUUACAGCGGUCGCAACUCACCAGACAUGCCACUUUUCUCGAGCCAGAGUGAUUUGACUUCAAUACACGAAGACGACAGUGUGAAGGAGAAAGCGAGCAGUUCGUCUGAGUCUUUAACUUCACUGGUUGGCACGACGACAGGGUUAGCAAAAAACAGCCCCUCCUCACAAAAUAAGACACGGCGGCUCUGGAUGGUGCUUUUAUUCUUCAGCCUGAGCACCAACCUGCUGUUUGCUGCUCUCUGGAUGUCCUACAACUGGACGCGAAUGGUGGACGAUGGCUCUCCCAUUCCCCUGUUCCAUGAGGUUGUCUCUACUUUGUUAGAAAGACUCAAGAAUAUCUAACACCAUACAUGACUCCUGUUUUAGGAAUUGGGAUGAAAAUCGUCUUUUGCGUACAAGUGUUUGCUUGAAAUGUAUUGUUGAGAUGUGCAAUAAUGUGCUGUUCACUGGACCUUAUCACGUGUGACAGGAAUUAUUAUUAUAUAUAUUUUUUUGACACCAUUGCUCCCUUAUGGACCGUCACCUUUUUAUUAGAGUUUACAGUGUCCGGUUGUAAUGUCAUGGUCGUCUCUUGUGCGGGCUUCCACUACUGUGGUUUAUUUUGAAUGCAGACAAGCAAAGAAAUGGAAAUUGAAUAUUGCGCUUUAGUUCAAAUCUGUCUCUGUUCUUUUGCACACUAUAAGAAUAGGUCAUAACAGCCUCAAUUUUGCAGUCAAGUCUGACGCCAGCCAUUUCGGUUAUUUCCGAGGGCCAACUUCAAAUCUGGAUAAGGCAUUGAUCUUCACAUGCAGCAUGACUUGGUUCGAUUUUCUUGCGGUGCUUUGCAAAGUGGCCUAUGAAUGUCCGCUGUGGCAGCUGGCUUGACUCGGCCGGCCACCCGCUAAUGACUACGUUCGCCAUGAGACUGACUAUGGCUGAAUACAUGCAGGAGAGUUUUCAAAUAGGUUUUGGAACGGGCCAGGCAACUCAAUUGUGUUAAUUAUUAAUUCAAGGCCCUUUUAUAAAACGGUAAAUUGCAUUGUUUUAGAUAGCAUUUUGUAGACCUGGUAUAUUUGUUUUUUUUGUAAUUACGAAUAUGGGAGAGGGUGAUUCAGUUAUAUUUAAAUGACGUAGUAUUUACACCAAACAGCCCAUAUGUGCUGUCAGUUAUGCACAAGGUCAUUGGGUCGGAAAAAAAAAUCAGCUCCAAAUAUUGUCUGGUGUUCAUUGGAGGACCAUGGCAGUUUUUUUGUUGCACCCCUGGUUGUAGUGCACACUUAAUUUACAUAUUGCAUCUUAAAGGUGUUUUCCUGCCUUUCCGCAAUACAAUACUCACAGAUUCACCGAUUUGUUGAUAUUUUUAUGGACUCUGUCAUCCAUAAUUCACUUGAAAAAUGUAACUAUUCACUGUUUUUAGGCCCACGACAAAGCCCUGUCUAAUACAAAUGAAGUGUACAGGAUUUUAUUUUGUGCGCUCUUGUGGUAUUUUGGUGCUAUGAAACUCGAAGUGACAGGUGUUUCAUUUAGACAGCAAUGCUUUGCCACUAUUUUAUAUUAUUUUUAAAUGUAGAAACACUAUCAGUAUGUCUUUGCUCUGUGUUUUCCCUGUAGUGUCUGUCAAGUGUUGCCAAGCUCUAACAUAAGUUGAGUGCAAGGAACUCUUUGUAUUCUCUCAGCACCCAUUUUGGCAAGAGUUGUCUCCCUUUGAAGCGAUUAAAACACAAAAGCUGAGAUACCUUAAAAUCAACAUGUUUGGAAUUUCCUGUUGUGAAUGUUGUUGCACUUAAUUGUUGUGUUUUAUAUGUUUCAUUGAAAAAGAAUGAUGGCCUAAACAGAAAUUAUAGAAAUGCAAUAUUGCACACAAAAAAUGAUUCAACACUGUGUCAGCCUUGUCCCUGUGUGCGUUUAUUCCCAUGAGGUUUGUUAUUUUGGUGCAAUUUUCAUACUGUACAAAUGUAGUGGCAACCAUGUCUUGGAAGGAGCCUAAUCAUGUUACAAUGAUUAAUGACGAUCUUAAUUUAUUUGGACAUUUUUGUUGCAAAAAAAA